AUGCACAGUCGGUCUUCGCGAUUCAAAAAGUCGGACACGCCGAUCUAUACCGCACAAUCGCGCGAGCAGAGGGCCACACAAGGCGUCACAAGACAGGCAAUCGACUUCCCGAAGAAGGUUGUCACCUCGUGGCCAUCUCAUGGCAGUCACGUUCAAGCCAAGUUGAAGCUCCAAGCUGCGGAGUUCGCACUCGCAGCCUCCCUCCCCGACGAACCUUGUAUGCGACAACAACGAUGGAGGAAUGUCUCGGUGAAGGGAUGGACCAACGUCACUCAGUGGUGCGUCAGGCCUGUUCGCACCAAGUAUCUCAUCCUCGCGUAG